UCAAUUCCCAACACUACCACCUGCUAAAAUCCCCGCCUUUCUUCUGCUGUAAAAAAUCACAGCUCCUUCUGAAAAACUAAUAAGCACUAGCCUUUCGCCACGCAAAACUCUCUUCCUCACCUCAGUUUCUCCAAAAUCACAACGUUAUACACAAGUGCCAUUGUGAAGGCUUUGACAGGAUACGCAAAGAAUUUAGUUUAACAUGAUUUUAUCAUUUAUGGAAUGGAUACACAACAAAAGGAGAAUUGUUGCAUGAUUUAUGUGGGAACACAACCAUGAAUUGGUGGUUAUUGUUUUUUCAAGUGAUCACAUCAUCUUCUUCAGAAGUGACCUUAUAGCAGGAGAAGCAAUUAAACCAGGGACAAUGAAGGAAGAAGAUGUGAAUUGUUGCCAGAUUCAGGAAUGGUACCCAAAAUUCAAGUCUGGAUCCAUUAAAACAGUAAUCCAUGAACUUCCAGAAUCUUUUGUCGAGUACCUUCUUGAUGAUUCUGGUCCUUUCCUCCUCCCUCAUUCUAUCUCAGGCGAAGAUGCCCUGCCCAAUAGAAUUCACAACCCUGUAGAUGAAGAAGACUUUCAGGUGUCAGAAGGAUCUGGAGAUGAAUCAGAACAACCACCAUUGCCCCCUUCUUUCCCAGAACUUGAAUUGAACAUUAAGGAGUCAAUUAAAACCCUUGGAGGUGCAGUUUUUCCUAAGCUGAACUGGAGUGCUCCAAAAGACUCUGCUUGGAUAAGUCCAUCUGGUUCCCUUCGCUGCACUUCGUUCAGUGAGAUAGCAUUAUUGCUUCGGUCAUCUGACUCACUGGUCCAUGAUUUGUGUCACGCCUAUGACACAUGCAGUGACAAAACCUUGUCAAGACCCCCAAGUUUCUUUCUUGCUCUUCGCAAGUGGUAUUCAUCUUUCUUGCCUGAGAUGGAAUUUCGUUGCUUUGUUCGGGAUAAGCAACUAGUUGGAAUUUCACAGAGAGAAGUGACUACAUUUUAUCCCACACUCCUUGAGAAGAAAAAUGACCUUCUAUGGUUGAUUGAGGAAUUUUUCACAGAUAACGUGAGACUAAAAUUUGAAUCAGAAAAUUACACCUUUGAUGUCUAUGUGAUGAAGGAUGGGCGUGCUAAGAUAUUGGAUUUUAACCCAUGGGGUGCAUUUACACUCCCGCUGCUUUUUACCUGGGAGGAACUGGAGCAGAAUCUCAGGGAAGAGGAGGAUGGGGUGAAUUUCAGAAUCGUGGAGAACCAGUGUGGAAUUCGGCCAGGUCUGAAAACAGCAGUCCCGCGAGAUUACUUGGAUACUAGCCCAGGGAGUGGUUGGGACCAGUUCUUGAGGAAGGCUGACAAGGAGUUGCGGGAGCAGAAAAGGUCUCCUGAAAACGGUGCCUGAGGGUUCUAAUUAUUUUUUGACUUCGAGGUUGCUGUGCUGUUAGUUUAUCCUCAUUGGUUUCAUUGGCAAUUAGUACGGUUUGGACAUGAACACUGGAUCCAGUACUCUUGCCAAGCAAGGGACAUGUGAUUCAACAAUAAUGAUUUGUAGAGAAGUUUUGUACUAGCAAAUAGUUUUCACAGAUGCAGUUUAACUUUCUUCUUGUGUAAUAGAUUCACCCAGACUUUGUAAUGUUACUUCUCUAUGGAUUGAUAGCUCCAUGAGGAACUGAUCAUUAGUACAGAGAUACCAUAGUUCUGAAAUAUCAUAAACAGGCUUAUGGGCUA